GUGGGCUAUAUACUGCCCAGUGUGCCCAUGCAUUAAGAUGACACUGUCCAGAAGUUUGCAGACGUGUCCAUAUUUCUGCUUCUCAUAAAAUCUGUAUUUUUCUUGCAAAUCAUUUUGGACUGAGGAAUAGCUUUUGCCACAAUUCUAAGAGAUUAAAACAUACGCCAUUCAUGAAGUGAACUACAUUAUAAAAACAAACCCUCUGUAUUACAGUAAUACGCUUUACGUUACUCUACUAUUAUUUACUUUGGUCGGCUGAUCUCUGAAUUUGGCGAAGUGCCAUUUAUGAAUGGCGAUGGCACACUUCCGGAUUUUCGCAUCCCAAGCAUGGCGACGCACUAAUACGGCUGUGAUGGUUUAGGUUAGUUCUUCCUUUCCGUGUAACAAAUGAAGACGUGGAGCAAUACGCUGUAGCAGGUAUGAAUUACGCGGCGUGACAGCCUAGUUUUAGUGUAGGAUUGUAUAGUGAAAAAAAUGUCUUAAUGACGUACACUGUCGUUACUUGGGGGAAUACAUCUUAGUGAAAAGCAAGGAGUGGAUCUUUAUAACUUCGAAAAGGAUAAUUAUUACUGCGAAGAGCAUUAACUAUGAUAUGUAUGGUUAUAUUAAACAGUACCUAAUACAACCUUAGAAUGGCAGAAAGCAACUUCUCACAGGAAGGAGAAUGGGGCCGCUGGGGGUCAGCUGUCGGUAGUCUGCGAACUUUUUGGGACAGGUAUCUGCCAAGUUUAAGGAAGUUAAGGGAUAAACAGAAAUUCAGAGACGUUUCUGCAGUUGGUGGAUCUGAGACUGAGGAAGGAGAAGAACAAAGUUUGUUGCAAAGAUUACCUAUGGAUAUUCAGUUGUAUAUCAUGGCCUUUCUUCGUCCCUAUGAUGUGUGUCAAUUGGGAUGUACAAAUCGUUACUGGAAUUCAACAGUUAGGGAUCCUAUUUUAUGGAGAUAUUUUCUGCUGCGUGAUCUUUCAUCUUGGUGUUGUGUUGGUUCAUCUUCUUUGCCUGGAGAGGAAAUGUUAACCAGACCACUGUGUGAAUUUACAGACAGUGCAUCAUUUGAUUAUAUGUCAGCCUAUUUAAAGUGUGGUCCAGCAUGUAGAAGAAGACACUUGAAGCCUAGACAGGCUGUACAUAGAACGGUUGCAUUUCUGUAUUCGUUGAUGACAUCGGAACCUAGGUUUGCUCUGUUUGGGCCUGGCCUUGAACAAUUAGACUUGUCAUUGGUGAAAAAAAUGAUGACAACCCCUGAAGUCCUAGCUCCUGCAAGUGUUCCUCCAAGACAAAUUAAUGGUAUUGGGUCAGGUAUUAGCUUUCUCUACAACAACCAGCAUUCAUUCAACAUUUUAACGCUUUAUUCAACAACAAGUAAAGAACGAGCAAAAGCAAGGAUUGAACAAAGCAGCACAGUAAACAAGAUCUUCAUGCAUGAAGAUGAGGAAGGAACAGAUGGACCUCGCCCAUUUCAGUACACUGUAAUUCCACAAGUCCAGGAAGUGUGCAGAGUGGUGGAUGGAUUUAUAUAUGUAGCAAAUGCUGAACCGAACAGGAGGCAUGAGCAGGAGGAUGAAUUAGCACAAAUGCAAGCGCUGCUCGAGUUGCCUUUGGGUUCUGCAACUAGACCGUUAUUAGUAUUGUCUACGAUUUCUACAGAAAAUGGUGGAAGGAUACCUUGUGUUUAUAUAGCACAUCUCCUAAAGUUGAGCCAUCUGAAACGACCUUGGCUGGUUCAGGAUGUUACAGUUGAAUCUUUAAAUGGAUUAUUGGAUGGAAUCCAAUGGAUUUUGGAGGAAGCUGGAGUAAAGACUUAGACACUUCAUACAUACUAUUUUGAUGCGAUCAUUUUAUGAAUGCAUUUUUCACACUUCAUACAUACUAUUUUGAUGCGAUAGUGUAUCAUUUUAUGAAUGUAUUUUUAAGAUACAUGUACAGCACUUUUGAUUAUCUUCAAAUAUGUUGCUUGCCAUUACAAACGUUAAAUAUGCAGCAUUCAGUGCGUAGUUGUUUAAAAAAAUUGCUGUGUACAUUGUGGAUCUUGUAAUCUGAAAGUUUCCAGUUUUUUGUUAUAGUUUUGAAAUGCACUCUGUAAUUAUUACCUUAUUCAAAGAUAACUCAGCAGGUCACCUAGUAAAACAUCCUCCUCGGUUUAGGAAAACGUGACCAGUUCCACAGGGAUCCAUAUUGGGUCCCCCCUUCUUUUGGCAUUUAUUUCAAUAAUCGCAACACUGACAAAAAGAAUCUGUACCAGUGACUGCAAGUUGGGUGUACUUGUCAAAUCAGCAAGUUAUACAUAUUCCCUUCAAGUGGAGCCAUCGUAACACAUGACUCUGAGAAAGGGCUCACAAAAAUAUUAAGAAAUGCAGGACCAUCUUCAGUAAACAAAAAAUUGCUGCUACUUACUGCAUCAGUGACAACCUUUUCACUGUGUAACAGCUGUUGUCAGGAAAUCUUUCAGUAUGUCACAGUUAAUCACCAAGAGCUUCUGUUUCAAAACUAGGGGAGUUUUUGUUCCCCUGUACACUGUCCUUGUUAGACAUGUUAUAGAAUCUAACAUACCCUUUGGCAUCUAUCUCACUAGACAUAUCAAAAAACUCGAAAGAUCACAGAAGUUCCUAACAAAAAGACUCUCUGUCAUCAAAACUCUUAGUCAUCAGGAGAGGCUGGAGUCCCUGUCCCUUUACUCGGUGUCAUACAGACUGUCUUAAGGGGAGACCUAUUCCUUGCUUUUCUUGCUCUCAGGGAUCCCAUUAUUCAAGACCUCCUUUUUUCUCAAUGUGUCAAACAGUAAAACCAAUACUGGAUUAAGACGUCUGAAGGAAUACAUAAAACUAAAUAAGAGAGAGAGAGAUUCAUUACCUAGAACCUCCCCUUGCUGUGGAAUAGACUGUCCUUGCAUGUCAAGAGGGUAGUUCCUUGUUUGCCUUGAAACAUAGCUUAGACAGAUGGAUGGUUACCCUAAAAUCUAGGGCUUUAAAGGCCUUACCAUCCUUGAAAAGUUUGGUAGAGCCUGAGGGUAGUUAUUGGCAAGACAUACAUGGCUUCUGAUCUCAUAGCUUUGUAUUCCCUUUGAUUUGUACGAUUCACUGUAACUGAAUGGUCCAAUGAAAUUGUUAGUCGGUGCUCUAAGGGCUGCAUGCCUAGCUACAUGUUAGUGAAGUAUGUAACACAAUGUUUUGUAAAGCACGUGUUAAAGCAGUCUCACUUUUCCUUAGUUCUGUCAUGCGUGUUGGAUAGUGCAACAUAAUUACCUUGUCCAAAAUGGGUUUGACCCUCCUUGUAUGCUAAAGGGUGCUGUUCCUAGUCCUGAACAUAUAUACAGUUGAGUCCUCAUAUUAUUCUUUAAACUGCAGCAUAUUACUAUAGUGAAAUCAUAAUAUUAAUAACUCAAAGAGGUUCACAUAGUCCCCACUGAGGCCUGUAGCACCACACAGCAAUAACGAUGAAAAUAAAGCUGUAGUUCUUUGAAUCCAGAAUUUUAUUGUUAUUGCUGUGUGGUGUUACAAGCUUCAGUAGGGACUACAUGAACCUCUUUGACUUAUUAGUUGUUCUUCAGCUUGCACGGUUACACACCUUUCAGUUGCUUUGAGAAUUCAUAACAUUCCUUUUAUUAAAUCAGCUCUGCCAUUCCACCUUCACUAUGUUAACAUAUUUGUUGUUAUCAUUUAAUUUUAGUUUCAUGGACUGUCCGUUCUUCUUAGUAAGCUGUAUUUCUUCUGUCCACUUUCACUCUUGUAUCUUCACUGGUUGCCUUCCUAAUGAAUAAUGGAGAAUACAGUUUUUCCUUAGUACAUUUUCUCUGUUAGAAUGCUUUUCUUUUAAUACUUUUAUUUACAUUCCCAUUCUGGGUUCUUUCUUCUAAUGUAUAUUUAAUGCUUUCUGUCCUAAGUGCUUCCUCAGAUGUUCUGUGAAGAAAAUCAAACUGUAGCUGUUCUUCAUUUCUGCUUGUUCCAUAUCACAUCGGCUUUUUUUCUUCAGUUUUCCACAUUUCUUGUCUCAUUUACUUUCCAGAAUACAAACUCAUAUUUAUUUCUUAACUAAGUAGACCAUUUAUCUUUAUCUGUUUUCUAACAUUGAUCUUACUAUGCUUUUCAAAUGAAAAAUAAAUAUUAUAUCCAUCCAGUGUUGUUGAAUUGCAUCUGACUUUUAUAAUACCCUCAUGAGCAGCCAAAGCAAUCCACAAAGUUUAUUAGGCAGGCAGGGAAUGGGAAGUAGAUAGCCAGGAAUUUCUUCCAGGUCAUGCACAUACUUAUGCCUAUGUGCAAUUUAGAGUUGCCAGUCCACCUACAACAUGUUUUAAGGAUACAAGAAUAUCUAAUGAAAAUCUCUGUAAACACAAGGGGACCAUGUAGACUCCUCAAAGAAGGCACCUUACCCAAGAACUGAACUGGAAAACAUCUUGCUCUGCCAUCCAGUAUCAACAUAGCUGUGACCUGAAACAGAUUUUAACCUUUUCUUCCCCUUUCAGGUUAGGUCUCCCCAUCUACCCUUGCCUGGCAUUUGAUUUUCUUCUGAGACUUUUAGUUCUCCUUGUUGAUCUGUUCAUCUAUUUUACAUAAUUACAUCUGGCUUUCCAUUAGUAUUUGUUCCUUUUGAAGUAUUUGUGCUUUUUGUAAGUUGCUUUAAUCACUCAUUGCUUUCACUUAUUUGUCAAGUGGUACUUUUAUGGUUUUAUGUCUGUAAUUUUUCCACCUUUAUAAUUCUUUUAAAUAAACCUUUUCCUUCUUCCAUUUUCUAGUAAAUCUCUUAGUCUCCCAUUGUAAUGAGCCCAGUAAUUACUUUUUUAUUAAUUGUUAUAUUUAUUCAGUGUUAUAUCCAGUAUCAUAGGUUCAUAGGUUGGUACUAGGAUAUCGGCUCUAGGGCCUACGCAAGCCUAGCCAUAACAAUUCCG